AUGACAGCGUUUCGCUUCCGACCGUCUUUCAUCACUAAAACUUGGAAACUUUUCAUCUCAUCCAUUAUAAUUAUUGUGUUUUUCUCUCUGGGUCAGCGUGUUUAUCGGGGUGAUUAUACUCAUAACGUUUGCACAUUCCUCUCUCUCUCUCUCUCUCUCUCUCUCUCUCUCUCUGUCUCUGUCUCUCUCUCUGUCUCUCUCUCUCUCUCUCUUCCUUCUUUCUUUUACUUUAUCAUUCGUUAUUUCUUUCAGCUUUACUCAUCUUUACUUAUUGUUGAUUUUUAUCUUCCUUCUUUCUUUAUUUUAUCCUUCAUUAUUUAUUUCAGCUUCUUUCUUUAUGCUUCGUUACUUCUUUCAGCUUCUUUCUUCUUUAUCUAUCGUUAUUUCUUUCAAUAUCCUUCUUUCUUUACUUCUAUUACUUCUUUAUUCUUCUUUCUUCUUUAUUCAUCGUUAAUUCUUUCAGCUCCCUUAUUCAUUAUUCUUUACCAAUCGUUAAUUCUUUUAGCUUCCUUCUUUAUUUUUAUUUCUUCUUCUUUAUCCAAUGUUAAUUCUUUCAGCUUCCUUCCUUAUUCUUCUCUCUUCUUCUUUAUCCGUCAUUCCUUCUUUAUUCUUCUUUAUCCAUCAGUUUUCUUCUUUCUUCUUCUUUAUAUAAUACCCUUCUUUAUUCCUUCUUUUUCUUUAUCCAACGUUAAUUCUUCCAGCUUCUUUCUUUCUUCUUUCUUCUUCUUCAUCCAUCUUUUCUUCUUUCUUCUUCUUUAUAUAAUACCCUUCUUUAUUCAUUCUUUUUCUUUAUCCUACGUUAAUUCUUCCAGAUUCCUUCUUUAUUCUUCUUUAACCCUCGUUAAUUAUUUCAGUUUCUCUCUUUAUUUUUCUUUAUUCUUUUUCGUAUAUUUAGCUUUUUUCACCCUUCUUUCGGUUUCUUUCUUUCCUCCUUCUUUAUUCCUCUUUACGUCUUUCAGCUUCUCCCUUUUUCUUCUUUGUUUUUUCUUCACUUUCUCCAGUGUAUUUCUUUAUUCAUCCUUCUUAAUUUUUCUCUCUUUCUUUCAGCGUUUUCCUUUUUCUUUGUUAUUUCUUUUUCUUUUUAAUUCUUUCAGUUUUUUUUUCUUUAUUCAUCUUUUUGUAUCCUUUUAUUCUUGUUUCGUCUUCUUUCGUUAUUUUUCUUUCAUUAUUAUUCCUUUUUAUCCUUCCUUCUGCUUUAUUCUUUUUUGUUUAUUUUUCUUUGUUUAUUCUACUUUAUUUCUUGCUUCUUUUUCUUUCUGUAUAUUCUUUCUUUCCUUUUGUAGCUUCUUUGUUCUUGAUUUUUCUUUAUUCUUUCUUCAUUCAUUUUAUUUCUUAAACCUCCUUUCUUUAUCCCACCCUUUUUUAUUUUUCUUUAUUAUUUCAACUUCUUCUUUUAUUUUUCUUUCAUUCUUAUCUUCAUGCAUUCAUCCUCUUUCCAGAUUUUUUAUUCUUCUUUUAUUCAUUUUUAUUUCUUCUUUCUUUUUUCUUCUUUGCUUAAUUUCAUCUUCUAUCCUUAAUACUUUUUUUAUUUAUUUUUUUUAUAUCGUUUUUUUUAUUGUUUUUCUUCUUUCUUCAUUCUUUUCCUUUAUUCUUCUUUUGACUUCUCUUUAUUACGUUUAUUUCUUUCGGCAUCUUUCCUCGCUUCUUUUCUCUUCGUUUUUUCAUUCUUUUCUCUUCUUUCGGCGUCUUUCUUUAUCGUUUUUCACUUCUUUGAAAUGUUUUUUUUUUUUUUCUUCUUUAUUUAUCUUUCUAUUUUCCUUUUCUUCUUCUCUAUCUCUUUCAUCUUUUUUUUCUUUUCAAACUUAUUUCUUGCUGCCAUCACUUCUCUUACUCGAUAUCUACUUUUUCUCUAUUCUGUCUCUUUUCAACGUUUAUCCCAAUUUCGUGGGAAAAUCUCUCUCUCUCUCUCUCUCUCUCUCUCUCUCCUCUCUCUCUCUCUCUCUCUCUAUUUACACUCUCUUUGACCCCCCCAGAAUUCUCUGGGAAACUAUCUAUCUAUCUAUCUAUCACCGUUAUACAUAUUUACACUACAGUUCAAAGGUUUGA